GAGUCUAACAGUAUGGCGCGCCGGGGAGCUCUGUGCACGCGCGGCGGGGCGACAGGUCUGUGUGUAUUUUUGAGGAGGGAGAAAGGAAACAUAGGAGAGAGGGAAUGAUGGCGGUGGUGGAAUGAUAAGAGUUUGAAAUCCUGGAAAUUAAAAUGACAAAGAUUAACCCUAAUUCACCAAGACGCAAGAACUAAAAAUCAAGAUGACCACGAUCUGGCCGUUCUGAAGAAAAGACGUCAGGACAGGAUUUCUACACUGCGUUCCAGAAAAUUCAUGGCUAUUUGUUCGUGUAAACAUGCUACUGUCCAGUUGAAACAGUAACGAACAAGCAGCAGUGAAACUUUCCCCACCCAUUCUUCCUGUACGUGGGUGUUUUAUACUUAAUGCUAUCAUCUUUUUAAAUUGAUUGCUUCAAAAUGAUAAAAACCGAGAGCAAAGGCGACCGGACUCUAAGGAGUGCUUCUCCCCACAGAAAUGCAUACAAAUCGGAUUUCCACGCGAUUAAAUGCUCCUUUGAUGGGGCUAAACCCAGUGAUAGUGCUUCGCAAAAGUCUUAUGCUAAUGGCUCAAGUGAUGACAGAGAAGACACAAGGGGAAGGCCUUUUGGUACUCGUAUAAAUAAAAUUAAGAACAUAUUCCUUCAGAUGGAUGGUCAGCAAAAUGAAAAUACAGAGGUUAAAAUAAUGGGAAGGAAUGAAAUACCUGCAGUGUCUCCGCCAAAGGCACCAUUAGCCUCCAGUGUGCCGAAAACUAGCCCAGAAUCACCAAUUUCUGACAAGGCAUCCAAGAGUGAAGAUGGAGAUUUCGAUCAAGUAACGCUUUCUGGAAAGUUUUCGGAAACCAGAAAACUCUUUGAAAGAGGCAUCAAGGAUCAAACUCCAAUUGAAAAACACUCUCCUACUAAAACCAAAGCCAGGGUCUCACUGGGAAGCGUGUCUGAUGAUGGCAAAAGUCCCAGGCAUUCAUCAGGCUCAUCAGAGAAUACUGUGAGCAGCUUAAAGGCAGAUCUGAGCCCAGCCUCUUUGACUAAAGGAUGGCAAAGUGAGAGGAGUGACAGCGAGGGAGGCAAACAUCAUGUAUCCAGGUUGUCAUCACUGAAUGCUGGCCCCAUUUCAAGAAGGCUGGAAAACUUCAUGGUGGAUAGUGACAAUGAAGAACCUAACAGACUGUCCUGCAAAGAGAAGCCUGAAACAGAAAGCCAGCAAACCGUACACAGACCCUCAGCUCUUGCUAAGCCAACCUCUCCUAUUGGGCACGCCAUUAUUAAACCUAACAUUGGUAACACUUCUGUGUCCAGCCCUCCCUUUAGAGAUCAAAAGCAAACGCCAUCCUCAUUGGUCAGCAACAGCUUUAACUUCCAAAGAGAAGAGUCAUCUAAAGCAGGGAAGACUGAUGGGGAUGUGCUCAUCAAUACAGGCUCUGCCAAGCUGCCUGAACAGGAUGCACCCUUGGAUCGCACAGCAGUGGGCAUGGUCAGGGCAGAGCUGCCUGAAAAGGAUGCACCCUUGGAUCGCACAGCAGUGGGCAUGGUCAGGGCAGAGCUGGUUGUAGUCCAGAACGAGUCUUCGGAAAGUGAUGAAAACGACUACGAAAACGAUGUUUUUGAGGAGCUGAAAGCUGAAUCGCCAAAACCAGAUUUGAGGGGACAUCCUGUGAACUCCUUGUUAGAGGAGGAGAAACAGGAUUUCCCAGUGGAUGGAAAAGAAGUUGAGAAUACAGUAGAAAAAGUAGUAAGCAGUCACGGUAUUGCUCGGGAAGUACAGAAAUCAGACAGCAAGGUUGCUGAAGAUUACCCCGAGGAAGACGAUGGGGAGGAAGAAGGAGAGUGUGAAAUCGAGGAACAGGUUGAGAGCAACAGUGUCAAGUUAUCCCCAAACAUAUAUGGCAUAGAGAAUGCAGCUUUUGUAGAUGAUAAGGAUACAGAAUCGGAGCACCAGGAAACAGAACCAAAGGCUGAGGAGGAGGCCUAUGAAGAGGAAUACCAGUCUGGUGCAGACUUGAAUGAGAUUCCUGGUCUUUCUGAUGAAGACGACCCAUUACCACGAAGGAAGAUUACGUUUUCGACAUCACCAAUACAGGUUUUCAGCACAUACUCCAAUGAGGACUAUGAUAGGCGCAAUGAUGACGUUGACCCUGUUUCUGCAUCUGCAGAGUACGAACUGGAGAAGAGGGUGGAAAAAAUGGAUGUGUUCCCUGUUGAAAUUGAAAAGGGAGACAACGGUCUGGGAAUCAGCAUUAUAGGAAUGGGUGUGGGUGCAGACCAGGGUCUAGAAAAGCUUGGUAUAUUUGUGAAGACUAUCACUGAGGGUGGAGCUGCUGCAAGAGAUGGCCGGAUCAGCAUUAAUGAUCAGAUUGUGGAAGUGGAUGGCACCAGCUUAGUGGGAGUUACCCAGUUCUUUGCAGCAACAGUUCUGAAGAACACCAAGGGGACAGUCAGCUUCCUCAUUGGUCGAGAGAAGCCUGGAACACACAGUGAGGUGGCUCGUCUCAUCAGUGAGACAUUGGAACAAGAGAAGUGCCAGCAGGAGGAAUUGGAAGAGCAAUAUGAUCAGUCAACAGAAGAGGAUGAGCAUGAUGAAGAUGAGGAUGAGGUAUUGGGAUCAAGCUUUUGGGAAAAGUCUGACGUUUCUGAACUACCUGAAAAUGAAAAUAUGUUUUUACCAUCGGAUAUGGACUCUGCACAGCUGACUUACAAAUUUAAAGAGCUAGAACUAAAGCAUGCUGUAACAAUAGCUGAAAUCACCCAGUUGAAAGAAAAGUUAAUGGCUAAAGAAGCAGAGAAAGCGGAGUGGGAAACUAUGCAGACUCAGCUACAGAAAGACACUGAAGAAAAUAAGGAAAAAAUGAAAAAGCUAGAGACUUACUGGCUAGAAGCACAAACCCUUUGCAAAACAGCGAAUGAGCAUCUUAAGGAAACACAGUCUCAGUAUGAUGCACUGGACAAGAGAUACAACAAGGCCAAGAAACUUCUCAAGGACUACCAACAGAAGGAAAUAGAUUUUGUUAAAAAGGAAGAGGAUCAAAAAAGAGCUCUUGAUGAGAAAGACAGAGUGCAUCAGGAGCAGCUCCAGAAAUUGCAGGACAAGAUAGCAGAGCUGGAAGCCCAGGCACUCUCCAGGGGACAGAAAGCACUUGUACGCAGUAAAGCUGAUCUGAUGGAGGAGAACCCCAGGCUGGGAAGUACAGGACAGCUGGAGGGUGUAUGGGGUGUGGAGGAAGAGACUAAAGGAACAGUCAAGAAAGCACAAUCUCAUGACACUUUACUUUCUGAUUUGGAUGACCUGGUCCCAGAAACGGUCAGGUUAGAUACCAGUGCUAACAAGGCAAAGGCACAGCUUUCUCUAAAAGCAAAAAGGCAACCGCCAUCUCGAAACAAACUAAGAGAAACUCUUGGCACUGGGGAUCAAAACGGAAAGGAGAAUAACGAGAGUGCAGUUACACAGUCUGAAGCUCUGUGUAUACAAAAUGAAAUGGCUUCCACAAAGGCCAUUCAAGAAACACUUUCACUGUCUUUAACCAGAUCAUAUUCUGGAGACAGACAAAAGACUGAAAAACCUGAAGAUGCAGAUAAUACUCAAAGUAGACCAGAGCCAAGAUGGACAGCUCCUCCCCAGGCUUCUCCGCUCUACAGAACUAACAAUGAAGACAGUGUGAGCUCAAGCCAGUCUCCUUCCAAAGAGACUUCCAGUCCCAACUCUCCCACAGGAUUCCUCCAGAACGUCAAGAAGAGAGAGUCCAAAGGCAAAGGCAAAGAAGCCAAAGAUGAGAAGGUAUCGGAAGCAAAUGACAGCACAUCUUUAGGAAAACCGAAAAGAAGAUUUCCUGAUUUUGGUGGCCUUCGGAAAUCGGGUGGCAAAGGGAAGAAAGACAAAGAGAGUCUGAGAAGCUCAAUGGGCAGCAGGGGCUCUGGGGAUCUACUAGAAGAUUCUGGUGGUAACAUGUCUCCAGCUGAAUCCAUGUCAUCCAUCCCUACCUGCAUGCCUUUCUCCUGGUUUGGGGACAGUCACAAGGAACCUGCUUCAUCAAGUACAAGCCUCCAUUACACUUCGACUGAGACCGCACUAGAGCACGGCCAGGAGAAAAGCAAAAAUAAGACCUUGGAUGAUGACUCCCCCGUAACAGGAAAACAAAACCAAUGGCUUAACAGACCACUUUCUGAGUGGACAACUCAACAAGUCUGUCACUGGCUGAUGGGGAUGAACAUGGAUCAGUACACUACUGAAUUCACUGCCAAAUAUAUUGAUGGACAACAGCUGAUGCAGUUGGACAGUGACAAACUGAAGGCUCUGGGUGUAUCCAGUCAAACUGAUAGAGCAACAAUUAAAAAGAAGCUCAAGGAUAUGAAAAAAAACCAGGAGAGGCUAGAAAAGCAGAGAGAGAAGGAAGCACGACGAAGUGGGAAACCCCUACAUGUAGAAUCAAACUGCUAAAAACAGGAUGGUUUUAUUUUAUGCCAUAACUACAUUUUUCAAGAACUAUACUUAUAUAUAUAUUUGUGUGUGUAUAUAUGUACAGAUAAUCUAAGUGUGGUACAGGUGAAACUGCUAAAGCACAUUUUUGGUUAUUAUUUUCUUGGCGUAUAUAGUAAUCCAUCUUUGUCCUGAUAGGAAGGUACUUUAAAUGUUGUUUUCUUUGCCAUCCCAUCAAGGAGAUCAUUCUUCACUCCUACCUGUAGGUUUCUCUUAUGAGUCUGUGUUGCAAAGCAACCAUGUGAGAAUCUGUGUGGAAAUGGAGUUGGAGUCUCUGAGGCUAAGAGCUUUUAAACACAUUCAGUAUAGCAAUUAUCCCAAAUAGACGGUGUACUUGUAUAAAUAUGAGCUCGAAUUGCAUAUUUGUAUCAAGAAAGUUUGAUGUUGAAGGGAAACUUUAAGAAUGUAGUUGUGCACAUCUCUAAACCAAUAUUGUGUAACAUAUCAAUAGAACAUUCUAAUCAGAACUGUCAGAUACAAGUUAUGUUUCAAAGCACUGGGCAUGUGCUUUUUAUCAAAUAUUUUAGAAUGAGGUGUUUUGCAAGUAUAGUUGUGUACAGAUUUUUUUCUUACAGGAGUUUGUACAGUUUAGGAGAUAAACACUGUCUUUUAAGCUACAAUGGGGCGACACGGUUUUAAAUGUAUAAAUAAAAGAUUUCUAAAGAUUUUA